ACCUGUGCUGCUAGUUUUUCCUCAUAUUUCUCCACAAUGGAAGAUAUGAGAGAUUCAACUGCAGUGCCACAAAUUGUGAAAAUUGUGAGGAUGUUUGUUAAGUUUCAUCCGCUAUUGACAGUUAUUCGUCUUAUCUUCGGGGUUAUAUUUUUACAGGAUUGGAUUGAAGAGGAGUUGAGUAAUCAAUGGAAAAUGCUCAAGGUUUAUUGCCAAUUAGCAAUGAGAGCUUUGCUAGAUCCGAUUAAUGAGAAGAUGAAGAAUCUAUCUGAAGUCCUCCAAACGCAUCUCAACAAUGAAGCAACAAAGUGUCAACUAAAGGCCAGGUUGAUUGUUUUGGGCAGUGGGGAUAUUAAUUAGCAUGGCUUCAGAGGUCAUAUCUUGGACCAAGAUCGUGUAGAAAAACACAAAAUCAACAAGAAGGAUGAAGAUCUUGCAUGCUAGAUUGGAAGCACUUGGA